AAUCAGAACUUAAAAUAAUUUUCAUCCAAAAAAAAGAAAAUGAAAAGUUGAAUUGCUUUUGAUUGAAAAAGAAAAAAGAGCAGAAGAAGCCUUGAUUGCCGUCAUCCCCACUCCUCUCCCCCAAAUCCAUAAUUCUCGUCAAUUUUGAUGAUUUUUUCUUAACUGAAUAUUCCAUUAACGAACCCAAUAAAGCUUCCAUUUUUUUUUAACGAAGAAUACAGUCACUUUCCCAUUUCCAUUUUUCAUAGUUAUGUCUGGUCUUUUUUUGGCAACCCAACAGAUUUGAGCUAGGGUUUUGGGUUUUGUUUUGAUUGGGGGAUAGCUUUUUUUUAUUCUGAAUUGUUCGCUUUUCGGAUUCUUCUUGGGGUUUGGUUUGGAUUCAGAUUGGAUUGUCUUAGCUUGAGCUUGGGAAGAUGAUGAGGUUGUGAUUUUCGGGACCGGAGUUGGGGUUGAGGGUGGGGAUUUGAUACAAUGCGGUUAUUUUCUUCGAGCUCAGGUUCGAGCUCGACCAACGGUAAAGCUAAUCGAGCUUUGUUGUACCUCAAUAUAUAUGAUCUAACGCCUGUAAAUAACUACCUUUACUGGUUUGGGCUCGGGAUCUACCAUUCGGGCAUCGAAGCGCAUGGUAUGGAGUACGGCUUUGGAGCCCAUGAGUACCCUUCUAGUGGGGUAUUUGAGGUUGAACCCAGAAGUUGCCCUGGAUUUAUUUUUAGACGUUCAGUGUUGUUGGGCAGCAUUGAUAUGUCUCCUUCAGAAUUUCGAUCAUUUAUGGAGCACCUUUCAGGAGAAUACCAUGGGGACACUUAUCAUUUAAUUGCCAAGAAUUGCAAUCAUUUUACUAGUGAAGUUUGCAUGCAGCUUACUGGAAAGCCUAUUCCUGGAUGGGUCAAUCGGCUUGCUCGAGUAGGUUCUUUUUGUAAUUGUCUUCUGCCAGAAAGCAUUCAGAUUACUGCAGUAAGACAUCUUCCUGAUCAUCCAACUUAUUCAGAUGAUGAUAAUGAUGAAUCAGUAUCUCUUCCAUCAACUGGGACGGCUGACAGUGAUGAGCAGCCAGAUCAUCAGCUGCUGCCUACGCCAAAUGGUGAAGUGGCAUUCUUAGUGGAAAAACCAGUGAGGUUAGCCAGGGAACUCCUCUGAUUUCAUCUCAAAUUCUUAGCCGUCUAUACAUUGGUUAUUCCUUCUUGUUGUUAUAUGUAUUUAUAUGAUCUGAACGUGUAGAGAAAAAUGUCUCAAUUAAGUUGUUUGAGGAAUAUAGUAUAAUGCUGGUAAAGUAGCAAUAUCGCCCCAGAUUUGUAUGCCACCUUGUCUCUAGAGUGUGAUAAGUCAAAUUUGUUUUGACUAUGUUUGAUUGCUUUUAAGUAUUUGGCUCCUAAGAGUGCAGAAAAUAUUACAAUGCUUUGGAAGGUUUCUACAAAUCUUUGCAAGGAUGAAAUGGUAAAUUAUUCCAUUCACAAUUUUUUAUA